UGCGAUCAGCGUGGGGCCUCUCCAAACGCCGCAGGCUCUUGCUUAAAAUUUCCAACACCAACCCAAGCCCCUGCCCGUCCCUUCCGUAAACCAGCCCGCGCCAACAUCCAGCCAAAGGCCUCUUGGUUUUGAGAUUUUCAACCAUUCGUUGCCGCCGACUCUCUGUUCCAGUAAACCCAAGAAAAAGCAACAACCAUGGACGGGCCCGGUGCGGACGAGGACCUGGAUCUCUACGCCCUUCUCGGCGUCGAUAAGUCGGCUAGCCCGAACGACAUCAAGAAAGCUUAUCGGAAGCUGGCGCUCCAACACCAUCCGGACAAGGUUCCCGAAGAGAUGCGUGCCGAAGCCGAGGCGAAAUUCAAGGCCAUCACACAAGCAUAUGAAAUCCUGCGCGAUGAGGAGAAGCGGCACAUGUACGACACGCACGGCAUGGCCGCCUUCGAUCCUUCGCGAGGCGGGCCCGGCGGUGCCGAAGUCGACCUGAACGACAUCCUCUCUCAAAUGUUUGGCAUGCACAUGGGCGGUAUGCCCGGCGGAGGGCCCCGACGCCCGAGACGCAGUCCGGACGAGGAACAGCCCUACAAGGUCACCCUUGAAGAGCUCUACAAGGGCAAGACGGUCAAGUUCGCCGCCGAGAAGCAGGUCAUCUGCGGCCAGUGCAAGGGCACUGGUGCGAAAGACAAGGUCAAGCCUAACAGCUGCGACCGCUGCCGCGGCAUCGGCCGUCAGGAGGCCUUCCGUCAGAUCGGUCCCGGUCUCGUUCGCAAGGAGGUCAUACCGUGCGACCACUGCCAGGGCACCGGCAUGUACUAUAAGGAGAAAGACCGCUGCAAGAAGUGCAAGGGCAAGCGAACAGUCAAAGAAACCAAGGCGCUGGAGCUCUACAUCCCCCGUGGCUCCAUGCAGGGGGAGCGGAUUGUGCUCGAGGGCGAGGCCGACCAAAUGCCCGACAUGACGCCCGGCGACCUGAUCUUCCAUCUCGUCGAGGAGCCGCACGAGCAUUUCACCCGCAUCGGCCACGAUCUCUCGGCCGACUUGCACGUCACCCUGGCCGAGGCCCUGUCCGGUUUCUCGCGCGUCGUCCUCAAGCAUCUCGACGGUCGGGGCAUUCACAUUGACCACCCCCGAGGCAAGAUCCUCCGGCCGGGCGAUGUGCUCAAGGUUCCGAACGAGGGUAUGCCCCUUAAGAGGGGAGAGGCGAAGGGAGACCUGUACCUUAUCGUCAAGGUCGACUUCCCCGAAGACGGCUGGCUGUCAAGUGACAGCGACUAUGAUGCUCUCCAGAAGCUCCUCCCGCCUCCCGCACCACCCAUCCAAGCCGACGACGUCGACGAGGUGGAUUAUGAAGAAAAUGCCGACAUUGAGAAGAUGGGCGCACACCAGGGUGACCCGCGGUACGGUGGCGAGUGGGAGGACGAAGAUGAUGAUGAAGGCGGCGCUCAGUGCACCACACAAUAAGCUGAAACGGGUGCCUCGUCCGUCCUUUUUUCUUUUCUUGCAACAUACCGGCGCCUCCUCAUCCUUGAGUUCCCAGGGAAAAUGGAAAGCCUGAGUCUACUUGCGAUGUCUUGAGAACGCAAGGAUGAUAUCGACCACGACGC